AUGGUGAAGACGAUAACUUUUGAGGAUAUUGAAGACGAAUUGGGGCCAUUUACGGGUGAGCGACAUGAAGACAUUGAGGAAUGGCUACAUAAGUUUGAGGCCAUGGCAAAGAAGUAUAAGUGGAAUGAGAUGUAUAAGUUUGUGUAUUGCCGAAGAUUGAUAAGAAACACGGCGAAGAUGUACCUGCGUUGUACCAAUGGUCUCACCAGUUGGAAAGCAUUAAAGGAAGGACUAGUGAAUGAGUUCAAACGCGAGAGGAGCAUUGAAGUCUCCAAAGAUGAAGACGAGCAAGAUGUUGAUGAUGAUGAUUUCGACGAAGAAGAGAAUGAGUCCGAGGACGAAGAUGAAGAUGAUUCUGAGGAUGAAAGCAAUGACAAUUCUGAGGAUGAAGACGAUGUCGUAGAAGAGGAAUCAGACGAUGAGGUAUGUGAGAAAGUAGUAGAUGAGAUCGUUGUGGAAAUUCAAAAGAAUCGUGAAGAUGGAGAAUUUGAUGAUGAUGAAGCCUUCGAAGAAGUUGGUGAAAAUGAUGAUUGUGAAGAAAAGGUUGAGCAAUUUGAGGAAAUUAAAGAGGAGUUCGAUGAUCAAGUGCUCGAAGGAGCUGAAGAAUUUGAUGAUAAAGCAGUUGAAGAAUCUGAGAAAGUUGAUGAGAAGUUUGAAGAGGAAAACCAAGAGAUUGCAAGCCUUGUGAUGAGUUCAGAGAAGAAUGUGAUGAACGAAGAACUGGAUGAAAAAAUGAACGAGAAUCAACUUGAUGAGGCGAUCAAUGAGGACAAAGAUGCCAAGGAAGCUGUGAGUGAUCAUGAAAAAUUGGAAUUUGUUGUUAAGAUGAACAGGAGAACAACUGAGUUUGUUGAGCUGGAAGUCUUGGAAGAUGUCUUGAAGGAGAUGCUAGAGAAUAGCAGUGGUCCAAGAGUAUUGUAUUUUGACUACCGUGAGGUCAACAGCAAAAUCAAGACGAAAUGA